CUGUGUCGCGGAGCGCGUGCUGUGGCCGAGCACAGAGAAACUGCGCGCUCUCAUACCGACACACCGUCUUCUCUCUCUUUCCUCCUCCUCUCAGACACUUCCCAAACAAAGAGAAACACGCGAGGCGGAGGAACAGAGUGCAUCCGUCGGAACCACCGAAUCCUCGUUGAUCAGAGAAACACACACCGUUAAACUCUAACCCGGACCGGUUGGAACCGAGAGAAGAUUGAUUGAUCAUGUGUAGUAACGGAGCAAGUAACGGGACCAGCGACAUGCUUCAGAUCCAGUUCGGUUUGAUCAACUGCGGGAAUAAAUAUCUAACCGCUGAAACGUUCGGUUUUAAAAUCAACGCCUCGGCCACGAGCUUGAAGAAGAAGCAGAUUUGGACUCUAGAGCAGAGCGGGGAGGACGCUACCGGUAAUGUGUUCUGUCUCAAGUCGCAUCUGGGUCGGUACAUAGCGGUGGAUAAAGACGGGAACGUUACCGGGGAUAGUGAGACUUCUGGACCCGAGACCCGGUUCAUCGUCACGGCUCACGACGAUGGGAGAUGGUCUCUGCAGUCAGAGGUCCAUGGCAGGUAUCUGGGAGGUACAGAGGACAGGAUCAGCUGCUUUGCCCAGACUGCAUCAGUGGCUGAAAAAUGGAGCGUUCACAUUGCAAUGCAUCCUCAGGUGAACGUCUUCAGUGUGACCAGGAAGCGUUAUGCCCACCUGUCCUCCAAGGUGGACGAGGUCUCUAUAGACCGUGACGUCCCGUGGGGUGUGGACUCCCUGAUCACCCUGGUGUUCAGAGACCAGCGUUACCACCUACAGACGUCUGACAACCGCUUCCUGAAGAACGACGGCAGCCUGGAGGCCGCGGCCGACGAGACCACCGGAUACACGCUGGAGUUCCGCUCCGGCAAGGUGGCCUUCAGGGAUUGUUCCGGGCGAUACCUGGCGCCGUCGGGGCCGAGCGGGACCAUGAAGAGCGGGAAGACGAGUCGCGUGGGGAAGGAUGAGAUGUUCUCUCUGGAGCAGAGUCACCCUCAGGUGGUUCUCACCGCCGGCAACGAGAGGAACGUCUCCACCAGACAAGGCAUGGACCUGUCAGCCAAUCAGGACGAGGAGGGAGACCAGGAAGUGUUCCAGGUGGAGAUGAGUCGUGAGAACAGGAAGUGUGCGUUCCGGACCGCCGCCGGGAAGUACUGGACCCUCACCACCUCUGGAGGAUUGCAGUGUACCGCCUCCACUAAGACUGCCAACUGCUACUUUGACAUGGAGUACUGUGGUAAGAAGCUGACUCUCCGCGCCGCCAACGGGAAAUACGUCGCCGCCAAGAAGAACGGCCAGCUAGCCGCGACCGUCGACGUUGCCGGUGAGUCUGAGGAGUUCCUGAUGAAGCUGAUCAACCGUCCAAUCAUUGUCCUCCGUGGGGAACACGGUUUCAUCGGGUGUCGUAAGGUCACAGGGACCCUGGACUCCAACCGUUCCUCGUACGAUUACUUUACCCUGUCCUUCAGAGAGGGGGCCUACAGUUUACAGG